UCCGCGCUUUCCACGAGCCAUAGCCGAUUACACGAGUUUAAAUAGUGUUAACAUGAGUGAGUGGUCCAAGCAGAGUAAUGCCAGUUGUAUCGUGGCAAACUAUUUGAACUAUUGAAUGUUUACCCGCAGAUAAAAUACGGAACGUGUACAUUUAGCGAGCUGCAUUAGACACACUGGUGUUGGUGUGUGUGUGGUAUAGCUAGCUUAGCGAACGUCAGAGCAACACAGGUGAACAUGCAGGUUCGUUUUUAGCAGCUGAAAUCUGAACAUCGCUACCUGUCCGCUGGCUGCAGCAUGGGGAAGAAGAAACAGGGCUCCUCUGUGCGCAACAAGGGCAAAGAGAAGAGGCACAAGAUGAAGAGCUUAGAGGCCUUCACAGAGGAGAUGCACACUGCUUUUGAAGCCAGUGUUCACCUGGAGGAGGGAGCAGAGGCCCCCCAGGUGAAGAUGCCUUGCCCCCUUGCCAUGUGGGACUUGGGUCACUGUGACCCCAAACGCUGUACUGGCAGGAAGUUGGUCCGCAAGGGCUUCAUACGCAGCCUGCGCCUCAAUCAGAGAUUUAAUGGACUCAUACUGAGUCCCAUGGGCACAAAGUACGUGACUCCAGCUGACAGAGAGCUUGUGGCUCAAAGCGGUUUGGCGGUGAUCGAUUGUUCCUGGGCGCGGCUGCAGGAGACGCCCUUCAGCAAGAUGCUGGGCAGUCAUCCCAGGCUCCUGCCCUUCCUCGUAGCCGCAAACCCCGUCAACUACGGCAAGCCCUGCAAGCUGUCCUGUGUUGAGGCUCUGGCCGCCACAUUCUGCAUCGUGGGCUUUAAAGAACUAGCAAUGCUCUUGUUGAAUAAGUUCAAGUGGGGGACAGGGUUCCUGGACCUCAAUAAAGUUCUGCUGGACCAAUAUGCCGGAUGUCAGUCAGAGGAAGAGAUGCUCUCCGUAGAAAAGGAAUAUCUCACGUCUAAACCAGAGGAGGAGGAGUUCGAUCCAUUUGAUGUUGACUCUGGAGUAACAUGUGGGAAUCCCAACAGACGUCUGUGUGCACCUGAAGAAGAGGAUUCGAGUGAGGAUACGGACACCUCGGAGGAAGUGGUAGAGGAGGAAGAAGAAGAGGAGGAGGAAGUGGUGGAGGAGGAAGAGGAAAAAGAAACAGAUGGCAACAUUAAAACAAGAGCAGUAUCACAUCAUGAAGAGGAAGAGGCUGGAACAAAGUCAUCACAAUAAAGCAUUGUUUCACCUA